AUGGCUUUAGCUAUCUCCCUUACAAUUAUCACUACCAACGGAAAAGAAGAAGAAGAAGAAGAAAAGCCAAAGCCACUUGUUAAGAGUACCAGUACUACUGCUGAUGAAAACAAAUUCAGUCCAGUGAAAAGGGUAAGUCGUUUUCUUGCAGAACAGAAGAACCCAAGAGCUUCAUCAUCAUCAUCAUCAGAUCAUUGUCAAAAAGAUAAUGAUAUUUGUUAUGAAGAUGGAAACCAAGAAUCAACUUGCUGCAACAACAAAUGUGUGGAUUUGAAGAGUGAUUCAAACAAUUGUGGAGCUUGUAAGAAGAAAUGCAAUUAUACACACACUUGUUGUAAUGGUGAGUGUGUGGAUCUGUCUUUCGAUAAGGGGCAUUGUGGACGUUGCUUCAACAAGUGCAUGACUGGAGGUUAUUGCAUAUACGGAAUGUGCGAUUACGCUUAAAACCUUUUGUUGGGUCUCUCUCUUUACUGUUAGAUCGAGAAUCGUCAUUCAUUUCAUAUAGAAUAAAAGACCAC